AUGAUUAAAACCUAUGUAAAGCGGGCCCUCCUUUAGAGGUAUUUACCCACAACAGGGUGCUUUUACGAGUUUUCAGAGGACUAAGAUACAGAAAAAAAGAAGACAAGACUUAGAUAUACUUAUGAAGAAUAAUAAGAAGUCAAUAGAGAAAAAUAAAGUAAUACUAUCAUUCCUAUUAAGGCAACUUUUUAUUAAGAAGGGUAUAAACCAAACAGAGCAGAGAUGAUAAAGAAAAUUAAUUAAUAUAUUAAUCCUAAAAAGUAAAAGGUUGAAGAAGCAAUCCCUGAGACUUAGGAAGGGGAAGAAGGAUAAGAAGGUCAGAAACCAAUUGUUAAAUUUUCUCGUAUUAGCAGGACUAGUAAAUAGAAGAUCUUUAGGGAAUUUUUGCAUGAAAAGAAGAUCUUCAAAUACAAAAGGGAUUACAUUUUUACCAAUAAAAUAAGACCAUACAAGCCAACUAAAGAAAAUAUCGAAUAAUAAAUUAGGAGAGAACUUGCUGGGCAAAAAUACAUCAACAAUCCAAAUUUAUUUGAUAAAGUAAAGCGUAGAUAAAGAGAUUCUGAAAAUUACAUUUUAACAGACCUCAUUAUGACACAUGAUAGCUUUUAAGCAUCGAAUGUUUAUGAGCAUAUGAAAUCUCAUUUUACUAGCGGACUUUAUGCAUUUAUGAAGGAAGAAUAAUUUAAUACUUUAAUCUUUAGCAGACCAUAAUUUUAGAUUUACCUUAAUAAAUUACCUGAAUAAUUCUACCUUCACUAUUAGAAGUAUUUAAAGUCAGAGCAUAUUACUCAAAUUAUCUAAGAGAUAGAAUACAAUAACAAUAAAUUUUUACCAAUUCUCAGAUUUUGUGAAUUAAAGAGCAAAGGAUAAUAUUUUGAAAACCAAGAAAAUUUUGAUAAAUUCCUUAAGAAAGUUCCUGAAUAGGAUCAAUUACUGAUACAAUAUUUCUUUUUUAAUGAAAAUAGCACUAAGUUGCUUAACUAUGAAUCUUUUCUCAAGGGCAUUUUAAAUAUCUAAUGGGGUGGUUAAGUAAAUUAGGAAACCUUGAAAUAACAACUUGCUACAUUACUUAAUGUCAAAUUUAAGAUUAAUUUGAAUAGAGAAUUAUAAUUGUAUUUAGCAGAUUUAUUUUUUGGGUCUGAAACAUUUGACAAAGCAGUCGUUUGUAUUGCUUUAUAAUAUUUGUUGUUAUAAAGAUUGGCACAUGCUUUCCCAAUCAAAGACAUUUUAGAAUGUUUUAAACAGACUAUGGGAGAGGAAAGAUAUACAUUUUAUCUAGAAAACGAAUUACCUUAGAUCCUUUAAAACUUAAAUGUAAAAACCUAUUACUCGUAGUACUAAAAGGGACUUAUUGAAUAUCAACAAUAAAAAUCACAAAAAUCCAUGACUAUAUAAAAUUACACAAAUCUUGAUGGGAUAUUCCUAAAAGGCAAAUGCAUUGAAGUUUCACAAUUCUAAGUUCGCUAUAAUCCAAGUUCAACCAAUUUGAUAUACUCAAAUCAAACAGUCGCAUAUGAUUUCAAAUAAAAUGCGAUUAAGGAGGCUGUUUUAUAAAACUCCCCAUUAUUAUUAGAGAAAGAACUCUCAUCUCUUUUUAACUAUAAAGAUUAUAAACCUAAUAUAGUCGAUGUUGCACAUAGAUAAGUUUACAGGAAAUAGCUCUAAACUAAAAACUUUCUAAAAUAUAACCUAACAAAACAAUUCAUUUAUAGAAAGAGAAAAUUGAGAAAAUAUAGACCUAGAUAAGAUAUACCAAAAGAAUUAUUAGAUCUUUACACAGAAUUGAGAAAAAAUUAGAAAAUACAACCACUUUUAUAAACUAUUUGUCCAGUUUAAACCUAAACAGAAAAAGCACCUGCAGAAGGAGGUUAAGAAUAACCAUAAGAGUCAUAAGAAGCAGCAAGUGAAGAAUAACCUUAAGAAAAGACUUUGGAAGAAGAAAUCUUUUCUUUCUCAGAGGAGAAAAGAUAAUAUAAUUAAUUAAGACUAGCAAGGGUUAAGACCUUCACAAAAAUCUCAAAAAUGAUACACAAUUUAAUUAUUGAGAAUCGUCCUUUGAUUAAAGAGUAUAGACAGAAAUAAUUUGUUCAAAAACCAAGAUCUCACUUUUGUACUUAGAAGUAUGAGGAAUUCCCAAGAGAUGAAGGAACAGGUUUCAUGAAUUAUUUAAAAUCUGUUGAAUCAAUUGACUUAGAAGUUAAAUAGUAAGAGGAAUUAUAAUAAAAAAAAAAUUAUUAGUCAAGAAAGCAUGGAAAGAUCUUUUUAGAGAGAGGAGAGGCAUAAUAACUUAAAUCAAUAUUUUCAGAAGAUAGUGAGAAUUUGAUCAGAAUCAGAUAAGAAUAGAAAAAGUAAUCUGAUAUGUUCCAAAAAGUGGAAUAACCAUAGAUAUUUAGAAGAACUAAAGUUAGCGAUACAAAUGAAGUAGUCCAUAAAUUUAACUUUGAAAAAUUUGAAAAAGAGAAACCAAUUAUACCUUAAUUACAAGAGCAAUAUGUAAUUGAUAAUUAAUUGUACAAUACAGAUUUAAGAGCUAAAGCUCAUUUUUAGAUUUCAUAACUAUUCAAAGAAGAUCAGACAAGAUAAUAAUUAGUUGAAGAUGUCUAAACAUUUUUAAGUGGAAUCAAAUAGAGUCAAGAUGGAUAUAAUUUUUAUUUGAUCUCUGAACUUAUUUCAGCUUUGGAAGCUAAAAGACCUUUAGAAUCCAAAAUAAUCUUUGCAUAAAUCAUUUGUCAAGUCAAGAAUAAGAUUGAAGUGAAUGAGAAGAUUAGAGUGAAAUAUACAACUUAAUAUGGAGAUAUUGAGAAGAAUUAUGGUAAAUACAUUAAUUAGACAUGUACACAAUUCUCAAUUGGGUCAAAAGGAUACAAUUAUUUAUUGGAUUUUAUUUUGUAAGAAGGAAAUUACAACAGAUUGUUAUAUAAGAGAAUAUUGGCUCAUUAUUGUCUUUAUGAGACUGUACUCUAUGAUUCAACAUUUGAAAAGAUUACAUAAAUUACAAAAAAUAAUAAGAUUCCUUAAACUUGUGCUGAGUUCUUCUAUGCAUUUUUAUCAACUAAAAUAACUAUCAAUUUUACUUAGAUGAGAAAAAUUGUUCAUCUAUUAUAUUAAUUUAAACAUUUUGAAGCAGAAGCUGAGUAAUUGAUUAUUGGAUUCUAUUUUGCUUAUCAAUGGUAAUUAAAGUUUGAAGAAUUAUAGCCAAUAUUUUAGAGAUUAAUUAAUUAGAAUAAGAGAGAUAGAUAUAUGUCUUUGUAUGAAUCUUUGAAAGAUUAAUUAAUGGGAAGAAAGCUUAGAUAAAUUCCCACUUAAGAUCCAGUCGAAGUCAAUAAAAUUAUGACUGAGUACAAAUAAUAAUAGAAAGACCAACUUAAGGAGUUCGUAAGAAAGUUUUCCUAAUUAUUAUUGGAUUCCAAAUUACCCGACGAUGCAAGAUUAGUUAUCAAUGAUGCUAAGAGAUUCAGAUAUUAAUAUGAAAUAUUUGAUUAUAGACUUUGGCUCUUAUCUCAUGUCAACUAUUUUGAAGAUGCAUUAAAAAUUUGGGCUGAUUAUGGUGUCAAGUUUCCAGAUGUUUAUGAUAUUACAAUGUUUAAAGCCUUUUUAAAUUUAUUAUAAUAAUAAGAAACAGCACAUGAAUCAGAUGAUACUAAGGCCCUAUUUUAGGAUGUCAUUCGAAUUUAUAUUUUUGAGAAGAAAAUUGCUUUAGAUCACGAUUUAAUAUUUGAAGUUACACAUACUUAUAAGAGAUUGAAAGAAUUUACAAGUUAUUAGAACUUCAUGAAAUUCUUACUAGAAAUUAGAUAUAAAUGCAUUCCAUCCCAUAAGUUCUUGUUUUAUAAGAUGAUGAAUUUCGCUGAAGUAGAUAGUGUCAAAGAAACUAUAAAAGGAAUCAUUGAUAUACUUUUUAAGGAGGAAAACCAUAGAAGAAAAGAUGGAAAAUAAAAAUAAAACAAAAAAGAAGAGGAAAAGAACUAUGAUCUUGGUAAUAAAGGUCCAAAUCCUUUACAUAUUCAAGAUCUGACAAGGGAAAAUAAUUUAAAUAACAAGAAAAAGAGAGGUGUUCUAGUAAGAGGUGGCAAAAGUAAGUUUUCCCAGAUAGAAACAGAUGGUAUAGCAGACAAAAAUAAAGAAGAAGAUGGCAAAACUACAAAAGAUGGUAAAACAACUAAAGAUGCCAAAGCAACAAAAGAGUGAGCUAUAAAUUUA